GAGUGCGCUCCUCCGGCAGAGAGGCUGAGCCAAGCGGCCAAAGGCUGGCUCACCUGGGAGCAGAGGGCGCUGGAUCCCGGGUCUUGGCUGGCUUUGGGGAUCAGGUGGCAGAUCCUGGAUCUCCUGCUCCGUCCCAAAGGGAGGAAGUCUAUGCACAGGAGGGAAAGGGGCAAGGGACCCGAGAAGCCCCCCUUUCUUUCCACAAUGAGGCGAAGCCCCCCCAGUUGGCUGCCAUGGCUGCUCUCCCUUUUGGGGAGCCUCCAGUCCGUCGCCUCGCAGGCAGUCUGUGCAGGCACUCUAAAUGGGUUCAGUGUGACAGGGGACGCCCAGCAACAGUAUCAGACGCUUUACAAAAUGUACAACAACUGUGAGAUCGUGAUGGGCAACCUCGAGAUUGUGCUAAUUGAACAAAACCAUGACCUCUCCUUCUUGCAGACUAUCCGAGAAGUUACUGGCUAUGUAUUGAUUGCCAUGAAUGUCUUCACAUACUUGCCACUGCAGAAUCUGCGCAUGAUACGAGGGACCCAGUACUAUGAAGACAAGUAUGCUCUCUACAUUGUCCUCAACUAUGAAAAGAAUGUCACACACGCCCUCCACCAGGUGGGCUUCAACCAACUCACGGAAAUCCUCUCUGGGGAUGUCUACAUUGGGAAGAAUAAGCAAUUGUGUCAUGUGGACACUAUUGACUGGAAAGACAUCAUUCGUGACCCACGUUUCCAGGCAGUGAUCCAUGACAAUGGGGAGAAGUGUUCUCCAUGUCAUGAGAACUGCAACGGCCAUUGCUGGGGUCCUGGUCCUGAGGACUGCCAAAAAUUGACCAAGACCAUCUGUGCCCCGCAGUGCAAUGGACGCUGUUUUGGUCCCAACCCCAAUGAAUGUUGUCAUGAUGAGUGUGCAGGAGGAUGCACAGGCCCUCUCAAGACAGAGUGUUAUGCCUGCCGGCACUUCAAUGAUAGUGGGGCUUGUGAAACACUUUGCCCACCACCUCUGAUUUACAACAAACUCACCUUCCAGCUGGAGCCCAAUCCUGAUACCAAGUACCAGUAUGGUGGCAUAUGUGUUAAAAACUGCCCACAUAAUUUUGUGGUGGAUCGGAGCUCGUGUGUCCGGACUUGUCCUAAUGACAAAAUGGAAGUUGAAAAAAAUGGCCAGAAGAUAUGUCAGCCAUGUGGGGGACUCUGCCCAAAAGCUUGUGAAGGGACCGGAACUGGAAGCAAAUACCAGACAGUUGAUUCCAGCAAUAUUCACAACUUCAUCAACUGCACCAAGAUCCUGGGAAACCUGGACUUCCUUAUCACUGGCUUGGAAGGAGACCCGUGGCACAAUAUAAGUGCCUUGGACCCAGAAAAACUCAACAUUUUCCGGACAGUGCAAGAGAUCACAGGCUACUUGAACAUUCAGUCGUGGCCCAAACAUAUGCAAGAUUUCAGUGUCUUCUCCAACCUAGUCACCAUUGGUGGACGUAGCCUUUAUAACCGUGGUUUCUCCCUGUUGAUCAUGAAGAACAUGAAUGUGACCUCUUUACGCUUCAGCUCACUUCAGGAGAUCAGUGCUGGCAAGGUCUACAUCACAGAGAACCGGCAACUUUGCUAUUACAACACUAUCAACUGGGAACUUCUCUCACGCCAGAAAUCUGAUCUUGACAUCAGGAGUAACAAACCUGCUAGGAAGUGCAUCCAAGAGGGGAAAGUGUGUGAUCCUUUAUGCUCCACCAGUGGCUGCUGGGGGCCUGGGCCAGACAACUGUGUCACCUGCCACAACUACAGCCGUGAAGGAAUCUGUGUUGGCUCCUGUAACUUCUAUGAGGGGGAUGUUCGAGAGUUUUCAGAUGGUGGUGCUUGCUUCUCCUGCCAUCCACAGUGCCAGAAGAUAGAAGGAGGCCUCACCUGCAAUGGUUUGGGUGCCGAUGCCUGCACAAUUUGUGCCAACUACAAGGAUGGACCACACUGUGUGGAAAGCUGUCCCAAGGAUAUCCAAGGGGAGAAAGGGCUCAUCUUCAAGUACCCUGAUGCCAACAAGGAGUGCUGGCCAUGCCAUGAGAACUGCACACAUGGGUGUUACGGCCCACAGAUUGAAGACUGUUUCAUGGAGGAAUUGCCUGUUGUCAGUAAAGCCUCCACACUGAUUGCUGUCAUGGUUGUGGGAGGCCUCUUUGUCUUCUGCUCCUGUGUCUUGCUCACCUUCCUGUACUGCCGUGGCAAGAAGAUUCAGAAGAAGCGGGCCAUGCGUAGAUAUCUGGAGAGGGGGGAGAGUUUUGAGCCCUUGGAUCCCAGUGAGAAAGCCAAUAAAGUCCUGGCCCGAAUCUUCAAAGAGACAGAAUUAAAGAAACUGAAAGUUAUAGGAUCGGGAGUCUUUGGAACAGUGCACAAAGGUGUCUGGAUUCCAGAAGGAGAUUCCCUCAAGAUUCCUGUGAGCAUCAAAGUUAUCCAGGAUCCAAGUGGUCGGCAGACAUUUCAUGCUGUCACUGAUCACAUGUUGGCAAUAGGUAGCCUGGAUCAUGCGUAUAUUGUUCGUCUCCUGGGUAUUUGUACUGGCACCCAGCUGCAACUUGUCACCCAGCUCCUGCCGUUGGGCUCACUGCUGGAGUAUGUCCGGAAAAACAAGGAUGCCAUUGGUCCCCAGCUAAUGCUCAACUGGUGUGUGCAGAUUGCCAAGGGCAUGUACUACCUGGAGGAGCAUCGCAUGGUCCAUCGCAAUCUUGCUGCCCGUAAUGUUUUGGUUAAAUCCCCGAGCCAGGUACAAGUGGCAGAUUUUGGCAUUGCUGAUUUGCUCUAUCCAGAUGACAAGAAAUACUUCUACAAUGAGAUAAAGACACCAAUAAAAUGGAUGGCUUUGGAAAGCAUACAUUUUGGAAAAUAUACACACCAAAGUGAUGUAUGGAGUUAUGGGGUGACAUUAUGGGAGAUGCUGACCUUUGGGAGUGAACCUUAUGCUGGAAUCCACCUCUCAGAAGUGCCUGACCUUCUGGAGAAAGGGGAACGUCUCUCACAGCCUCAGAUUUGCACUAUUGAUGUAUAUAUGGUGAUGGUAAAAUGCUGGAUGAUUGAUGAGAACAUUCGCCCAACUUUCAAAGAGCUAGCCAAUGAGUUCACACGUAUGGCCCGUGAUCCCCCUCGGUACCUGGUGAUUAAGAGAGAAUGUGGAACACUUCUCCAAGCUGAUCCACCUGUGCUCACUGAAAAGGAGAUGGAUGAGAUGGAGACACUAGAUAUGGAGUCAGAGUUGGAGGAAGAAGAACUUAAUAACCUCUUUGCUUCCAGGCAGUGGGUUGACUCCAUACGGUGUCCAAAUCCCCUGAAUCCUUCUGCUGGAUACAUCCCCAUGAAUCAGAGUACCCUCAGUUCAUGUCGCCAGAGCACUGGGCUGGGGUCCCGGCAUACCUUGCGCCUAAGGCAGGAGUCAGUGGGCCGUACAGUUUCAGAGUCAUCAGAGGGACGGGGCACAGCCUCGGAGUAUGACCUCACUGAGGAUCUGUCAUUGUCUGGGAGCCUGUGCCGCAGCCUACGGUCCCGUGGAGAUAGCGCCUACCUGUCUCAGCGAGAGAGCCUGAUGCUUCCAGUUGGAAGUGCUGAUGGAGAGGAAGAUGCCAAUGGCUAUGUCAUGCCAGAUCGAAAUGGCAGAGAGCGUGCUGCCGGCCUUACUGCCUCCCUGGUCCAAGGCUCACUCCCUGUGCCUGAAACAGAGGAAGAGUACGAGUACAUGAACCGGCGUGCCCCACAACCCUCACAGCCCCGGCCUGCCUCCCUAGAGGAACUUGGCUAUGAGUACAUGGAUCUAGGCUCAGAGCUGAGUGCAUCUCUGGGCAGCAUGCCUAGCUCCCAACUGACCACACCCUGUCGGGAUGAAGGGGAUGAAGAAGAGGAUUAUGAGUACAUGAACAAGCAGCCCAAGCUCAGCAAGUCCCUGAGCAGCAUCCACAGCUCUCGAGGAGACUAUACCGACAUGGACUCCGGCAUCACACAGGGUUCCCCAGAUGAGCAAGGGUACGAGGAAAUGGAUGCUGUCUUGCCUGUAGUCCAGUGUCCUGGCUGCCAAAGUCCCCCCUAUCCCAAGAAUGGGUUCAUAAACCCCCUGCAGACCCUGGAGGCCUCAGACUGUGCUUUUGACAACCCAGAUUACUGGCACAGCCGAAUGUUUAGCAAGGCUGAUGUUCAGAGGACUUAGCCAAGGGUCAGCAACUUUAUUUGUCUGUGAGGAAGAUUCACCUUAAUUCUGGCUGCCAACAGCCUUGCUGUGAUUUGUAGGGUGAAAGGGGGAAGAACUUCCAUAAGGCGUUUAAGCCACAGGGAUGUUGACCCUAAUAGGUACGACCAACCAAUACGGGCCUCCCACUGGGUUGUGCCACAGCACCUCUACCUGGCACAGUGUCCUGGCCUAUCUGUCUCUGGUUCGAAUGCUUUGGACUCAGAGCACAAACAGAAGCUGUUUGGGGAGGGAGAAUCCAAAAACAGGGGAAAGCCAUUCCAGUACAAACAGAGAAGGUCUGCUGUGGCAAAAAGACCUCUUUUUACAUAUAAGGAGGAGAUGACUUGCUGGUUGCUUCUGUGGGCCUGAGGGCUCUGCUCACAUUGGAAGAGGAUACAAUCUGUUCACGAAGCAGCUACAGGUUAGAAAGUCAAGUCAAGUCUCCUGUGCUGAACUGACACCUCAGUGGUACCCCACAGUGAUCCCUUGACGACAGUGGAGGCCUCUGGGUGCCUGCCACCACAACCACAGCUUUUCUAAUGACAACCCUCUGUUCAUCAACAGCAGAGGGGCUGAAGCACAAGCCAAGCAUGCUGAGCCUUGUAGUUGGCUGUAAGAUUGAAGGGGAGGAAGGGCCACCUUCAAGAAAGAAGACAGUGCCCUUGCUUGCUAUGCCUGACUAUGUAUGCAACAGAGACCUUCGACUUCACAGAGGAGGAGAGGAUUAGCUAUCAGGGUGGAUAUGAAGGAUAAUUAUGCUUUUUACUUUCUUUCUGAGAGCCUGAUUCAACCUCAUUUAGGAAGACAAUAUGCCUGAAUGUGAGAGUGUGAGAAAACCUGUGGCAUUUGAUCCUACCUCUCAAGGUCAAGGAGAGAUUAGAACCCAGAGCUCCAAGCUUCUGCCUUCAGCUCUGUCACUGAUGUUCCACAGUAUUAUUAACAAGACCUGUGCCUUACAAAUGUUCCUGUCUAGAUGGAAACGCAAGAGAAUGGACAGGAAUCAAGCCUGACCUCACUACAGACCCCUGUUUCUAUCUGUAGUGUCUAGAUGCUCACUACUACAGGCAGAUUAAAUCUCUUGACAGAAGUCAUCUCCAGCAUACCAGAGCAAAGCGCAACAAGGAGAGAUUGUGUGUAGCUUGUUCUGUAGACAGAAGUAACUUUUUCUGUCCCACACCAGGGAGGUAUUUCAGGACAGAGAAACCUUUUAAAAGGCAGCAUUCUCAAUGUUGGCUCCUUAGUGAAAGGGAAUAUAGCAUUUUUCUCAGGAUGGGGGCCAUGUAAAGGAAACAGCUGUAAUUUAGUUCCCAUGCCACCCAGUGAACAAUUCAGCAAGGACAUGCAUUCCUGCUGAGUUGACUCAUGCUGUGCAAAUGGCUGCAGAGUUGCACUGUGGGCCUUAAUACUGUUACUCCUGAAUAUUUUGAAUCAGGCUCAUUUACACAAGAGUAUGAUUUGGGAACACAGUUCUCCUUUCCAUCACCACCAUCUGCCCCACCUUACCCUAAAGGCUAGUCAUACUGUAUGUAACCUUGACUAUGUUUCUACAUGUUCUGGAUUGCAUCAUAUAAAGGGAUAUUUACAAAAGAGGGAAAAAAUCAAAUGUAGUUAGGGAGAGAUGGAAGCUGUGAGAGAAACUCUGUGUUUGAUCUUAGAUCUCAGUGUCUUGUUUGACUCCUGCAAAUCCUUUCUGCUGUGCGGUUUAAACAGGUUUCUCCCUUAAGCAUUUAGUCUGUAUUUGAACUGGCACAGCAAAAUACAGUUAAGGAGACAAAAAUAACCCAGAUUGGUCAGUCGGUCAUUUGGUUUUGGUCUCCAGUUUUUCAUCUAAAUUGCAAAUAUGUGACAAAGUUCCAUGGAAAUGUUUUUCAAAAUGUAAUAUUACUUGAGCAGUCAAAAAGCUGAUGAAUUGCUUAGCAAAAAACAACAACACCCCCACAAAUUUCUAUGAACUGUAGCAGAAUUUCUAUCCAUCCCUCAUCAUGUCCAGCCCUAACAGAGACGGUGAAAGAAUAGAUGAUGUACAAACCAGAGCUCCACUCUUUUCAGACCCCACUGUUUCAGGUUUUCUUUAUUGAAAUGAGAGAAGCAGGCAUUUUUAGUACGUGGGUGGAUGGCAUUUGAACAAUGCUGAGAUGAUUGAUUGACUGGAUGCUGAAGGGGAGCUCUUAUUUAUUUUGCCUUAGAAGUUAUUAGGCUCUGUGGUUAUGAUGUCCAUGGAUUUUUGUUUCUUCCUGCCCAGUGUGGGAAACGCCAGGAGUUGAUAAAUUAACUCCCUGUCAGGAUUGGAAUUCCGCAGGGUGUGGUGAAGGCUUAAAAGUUGAAAAGCAGGCAGAGUUACCUGAGUCCUGCCAACAAGACUGGCACCUGAGCUGAGUGGAAGUGCAAGGAGAGAGGUGCUAGUUAAGGCAUGGGAAGAGUGCUAAGGAUGCUAUUAGACUGCCCCCUACAGAAAAAAGAAGUUAUAAAAUCUUGCCACAGUUUUAAUUUGGGCUGCCAAAGAAGUAAAAUCACUGAAGUGGAAUCUUUUACGAGACGAGACUGGUGUUUUUUUCAGUUUGAAUGAUGUCAGCUUCUCCUUAUCCUAUUGCCAUAUUGCAAGACAAAUCUAGUUAAGGAAAUACAAUAUUUUAACAGAGUGGUAAAUAACUUUGUAUCAGUUGCUUCAGAGUUCACUAGUGUAACAUAUAUCAAAAGUCUAUCAAAAGGGUACAGAAAUCAGUGUACGCUUUUGAGAUUUCCCUAGAUCACAUCAUUACAGAAAAUUAUCAAAACAAAGUUGGGCCAAAGGGAGAAGAAAUCCUGACUCAGUGCUGAAAUCAUGGUGAAGGCUGCCUUGUCUAAGGCUGCUUUCUGAUGUACACAAAAUUACUUUUGAAUAAAAAGGCAUAGGAGCUCACCAUCAAGUUUGACAACCAGAAUUGUUUCUUUGGCAAGCAGUUCCUCCCAAUGCAUCUUCCUUCUUUUCCGAUCAUGGUCCUGUUGUUCAGCAGGAUCCAUUGUUGUAGUGAUAGUUACUAUUUAAUUUUGACUGGCCAGCCAAAUGGUCCUACUUUUGUUGGGUGGGUGGGGGACACUGUGUUAAGGAACAUAGAACAAAUUAAAACUAGCUUGGCAAUAGUUCUACAAGAGAAUGUAACUGUUAACAGAAGAAGUGGAAUCUGUCCUAGAUUAAAUUUCAGCCAGUUUUUAAAAAUAGAUCUCGGUUUGGAUUUGAACACAUUGAAGCAUUAAGGGGCAGAGUUCACUGUUGCCUCAGUCCUUGUGCCAUCAUUGUGCUUGUACAAGGCAUGCAUAAAAUGCUAUUGAGCAUACUUUGGGCAUACUCCAGAGAAGUUUUAUGUGUGCUAAAACUCAACAUUUGUACAUAGGCAAGUCUUUUCUGUUUCCUUUUGGACUUGCGUAUAGAGCCCGGUACCCUAUAGUCCCUAUCUUUGACUCUGGAAUUAUCCUGAGUAGAGUUACUAGCCAUGAAAACAAUGUCUGUAUUUCUUCUUUUUUAAAUGAAAGUUUAGUGUAAAACAACCACUAAAUGAGGCCCAGAUGUACAUCAAAUUGAUAUUCCGGGGAUAGCUCAGGCACUCAGUUUUUAAAAGCUGGCACUUUAAGCCAUAUUCAGAUCUGACAGAUCUCUUAUAUGUGUUAUGGAUAUUAUGAAAAGGAAGCUGCUACUACUUCUUUCACUAGAGUUCUCUGCUUAGUUUGGGCCCAUUUGCUGCAAUUUACUAUUAAACACAAGCUUAUGCAUGUCUAAGGCAAUGUAGUUUACUCAUCAGUUACACAUGCAGAAAAUUGCAGCCUUAAAGGUACAACUUCUUCCUGAGGAUGGCAACUCUUAUAUUUAAUAACGUUAAACUUAUUAUGCCAUACAGCAGAAAGAAUAAAAGGAACUCAUAUUCAUAGUUUUUUUGUGGGUUUUUCGGGCUAUGUGGCCAUGUUCUAGAAGAGUUUCUUCCUGAUGUUUCGCCAGCAUCUGUGGCUGACAAGUUUAUGUAAUAGGAUGUAGCUCUAGAAAAGGAGUUUGAGCUAGAGGAGGCAGGAGAGAGAGAAGAAUCAGUUAUAACAAGGAGGAUUAUGUGAUGGAGGUGUUCUAACUCCUGUAUUUACCUUGAUUAUGCUCUUCAGUUAAACAUCUGUGGUAUCAAUGGCUUGACAAAGGCAGCCAAUCUAAGGGACAUCAGGACCUGGAUAAUUAAACUGGAAUGCAGUUAAAAACAUUACAUGCAAUAAUGAACAACAAACAAAAAACAUGCAAGUCUCCUCACUGACCUAAGUGGUUUUUGUGUUUUUCUAAUAGCAGGGUAAUAAUGCCGCCUUAAAUGUGCUCACCAAAGUUCGAUGUGUUUAUUGUCUGUCAUAAAAGUCAUGUUAGACUGUUAUUGUUGUUUUCCCAUGCUUAGAAACUGGUGAAAUGAAGGUUUUGUCUUCUUUUUUUAAAAAAAAAAUCUGAACUGGAAGGAAUCCAAAUGUUUACACACUCUGAAUGGCUUUGUACCAUGUCCCAGCUUCAGCAUAACAAGGAAUGAUAGUGGUGUUUUAAAAAACAAGGGCAAUAAAAACUAGACACUCUCUCUUGUCAUCAGCCAGGACAAUGGAGUACUCUUGUGCCAAGACAUUAGCAAAAUGGAAGGAUGGCAAUGGUCCUGCUUACAUUAGGACAUCCAACCAGACGUGUUCACUUUAGUUUACACUUUGCUUUCUAAUCAAAUAAAUGCUUGUCAAGAAAGCUGAUUUGGACAAGCAAGAAAUUCUCAUAGAAAGAGGAUAAGAUUUCCAACUCUGGGCCCAACUCCUGCACCUUUAACAACCUGGCAGCACAAUCCCGUAUACAUCUACUCAAAAGUAAGACUCAUUGACCACUGCUUACUUCCAGAUAAAUAUGUAUAGAAUUGCAGCCAAUGUGGUGGACACAAUACAGUGACUUAAUUUAUGCAGAUCAGGCUGUUGGCAAAAUCACAAAGAGCAGGACAAGUAAAAACAAAUAAAACUGUCAGGCCUCCCUGUUAGAGAGAAAAUAUUACAGCAAUAUAGUCUGUUGUAAAUUGUAACUAUGUAAAUGGCUAUGCCUUGAAUGUAUUCUUCAUUAGUCCAAAUGUAAAAACGAUUAGUAUGCUAAUGUAGGGCCCUUUUACAACACAGUUAUAGUACUUUGAUUCUACUUGUAACUUGAAAUCCUGGGGUUUGUAGUUUGGUUGUAGGCACCAGAGGGGCUUCCUGCCUGAGGAGUCCAAAGGCCCCUUUCUCAAAUGUCCAUCCCAGGAUUUCAAAGCAUGGAACCAUGACAGUUAAAGUGGAAUCAUAGUGCUAGAAUUCUGCAGUGUGGAGUGAGCCCCACCGCAAAUCUUUUGAUUGACUUCAAAUAUAAUCAGUUCAAAAGUUGCACUUUUGGACAAGUUCAGUAUGAUUGCCUAAGAGGGCAGAAGGAAGAUACAGGUUGACUCUCCUUUAUCUGGAAUUUCAAAAUCCAAAAUACUCCAUAAUUGUUCACAUGAGUGGCUGAAAUAGUGACACUUUUGCCUUUGCGGAGUUUGGUGUACAUAAACUUUGUUUCAUCCACAAAAGUAUUAAGAAUAUUGUGUAUAAAAUUACCUUCAGACUUUGUGUAUAAGAUGUUUACAAAUCAUCAGUGAAUUUCAUAUUUAGAUUAGGGUCUCAUCUCCAUGAUGUCUCAUUAUGUAUAUGCAAAUAUUCCAAAAUCCCAAACAUGUCUGGUCACAAGCAUUUCGGAUAAGAGAGACUCAACCUGUAGUUCUUUUAAUGCACAUUGUCUCCUGACAUGAGGAAAGAAGGUGUAACCUUCUCAGGUCCUAGCUUCCCUAUACACUUUCAUUUGUUUUAAUCCUUCAAAGAAUCCUAGGAAUCAAAUUUUGGUGACAUACUAAUUAGAAUGAUCAUUAAAAAUUGCUGGCAUCUGCUCCCCGCUUUGCCGAACUACAAUUCCCAGUCAGUGUCUAUUAAACAAGUUGAAAUGUGUAGUGUGGACUUGCUGUCCAUUAUUUAAUCAACUAAUGUUGUUGUCAGCAAGCAUUUCUCUGACAUUUCCUUGGAACACUGUGUGACCACAAGUAUGUUUGGAGGAUGUAGUUUAGGCUUUUUCCUUGGAGGGCAUGUGCUGGACACAAAUAACAUUCAAGAACAACUGAGUCCUUUCUGACGGAGGCUCUUCUUCAUGCUAAAGAUCUCACAUAUGUUUGUUUAUAUGUAGUGUGUGUGCGUGCGUGUGUAUGAUUGCGUAUGUUUUGAAUACAAAAUAAAAAUGAAAUUGAUAAACUG